GAACGUCUAGAGACGGCGGACUUGUUACAACACAUUUUUUACAGCUAACAUCGGCUUAAUUUACAAAACCAGAGUAGUUCAUCUAUCUAUCUACAUACACAUUUCAAAAUGAGGACAUCAAUGGUUUCCCUGUUAACACUUGUCGUGGCUCUCUAUGCCGUGAACAGCAAUGCCCAUGUAUUGCCCUGGGGUGUAUGGCCAUACCAUCAUCAUGUCCAUCAUCCCGGACUAGUGGUUGUAGGAGGUGGUCCUGAUGCAAGUGCUGCUGCCGCCGAUGCCGCAGUUGCAGCUGCUGAUGCCGUUCAAGCUGCCAGAGAUCAGGCUCAACAGGUUGCCGAUGCCGUUGCCAAUGCUAAUGCCGAAGCUGCUGCCAGAGCAGCUGAAGCCGCCCAAGCUCAAGCCGAAGCCGUGAACAACCAAGCCGCCGCUGCCGCUGGUGCAGCUGCUCAAAAUCAAGCUGCACAGGCCGCCGUACAAGCUCAAGCUGCUGCCCAAGCUCAACAAGCCGCUGCUCAAGCCCAACAAGCUGCCCAGGCUCAGGCUGCCGCUUUGCAACAACAGGCCGCCGCCGCUCAACAAGCUGCUGCCCAACAACAAGCCGCCCAAGCCGCUGUCCAAUCUCAAGCUGCCGCACAAGCCCAACAGGCCGCUCAAGCUCAAGCUGCUGCCCAGGCCCAAGCCGCCCAAGCCCAGGCUGCUGCACAGGCUCAGGUUGCCGCUCAACAAGCUGCUGCUCAAACUCAGGCUGCCCAAGCCGCUGUCCAAGCUCAAGCUGCCGCCCAACAAGCUGCUGCUCAAAAUCAGGCUGCUGUUGCUGCUGUUCAAGCUCAGGCUGCUGCCCAAGCCCAAGCUGCUGCUCAGGCUGAACAAGCUGCUCAAGCUCAAGCUGCCCAGGCCACCGUCCAGGCUCAGGCUGUUGCUCAAGCCCAACAGGCUGCCCAGGCCCAACUUGCUGCCCAACAAUCCGCCGCUCAGGCUGCUGCCCAACAAGCUGCUGCCGUUGCUCAACAAAAUGCCCAAGCCCAAGCUAAUGCCCAGGCUCAUGCUGUAGCACAGGCCCAAGCUGUUGCCCAAGCCCAGGCUGCCCAAGCUCAAGCUGUUGCCCAACAAGCUGCUGCUGCCGCUGCUCAGGCCGCCGCUGCUGCUGCUGUCGGUUUGCACCACCACCACCAUCAUUGGUAAAUGUGAUACUUUUUUAAAUCAAUUGUAACAACAACAACCCGUUAGAACGAAACGACCUUGGCUUAUGAUACGCUAGUGAAAUGGCUUUUAAUGAAUGCUGCCUGCCUGCUCCAGCUGCAGACAACAUUCCCUCGAAAUCAUUACCAACCAUCACUCAAUCAUACAGAAAAUGAUCGAACAACAAUAAUAACAAGAACAACAACGAAAAUGAAAGAAGUUGCAAGAAAUUCUCGAAAUUAAGUUAACCUUAGUUUAAGUCUAGUCAGUCAUGAAUAACCCUCUACCAUUGAAUACUGUCUUGUCUUUGCAUGCGAAUAUAAAAAUAUUCAAAAAAUAUAA